UAGGGGUGCAGCUCUAGGUCCGGUCUGGGGGUGUCCGAGCUGCCGAGGCCGGAGAGGAGUGACCGGAACCGCUUGAAUAUCUACAUUUCCGUUUCUGUGCCUGAUACAGUUUUGAUUCAUCAUGGAUAAUCUGUCACCAGAAGAAAUUCAGCAGAGGGCUCACCAGGUUACUGAUGAGUCUCUGGAAAGUACAAGGAGAAUCCUGGGUUUAGCCAUUGAGUCUCAGGAUGCAGGAAUCAAGACCAUCACUAUGCUGGAUGAACAAGGGGAACAACUAAAUCGCAUAGAAGAAGGCAUGGACCAAAUAAAUAAAGACAUGAGAGAGGCAGAGAAGACUUUAACAGAACUCAACAAGUGCUGUGGCCUUUGUGUUUGCCCAUGUAAUAGAACAAAGAACUUUGAGUCUGGUAAGGCCUAUAAGACGACAUGGGGAGAUGGCGGAGACAACUCACCUAGCAACGUAAUAUCUAAGCAGCCAGGCCGGGCGGCAAAUGGUCAGCCUCAGCAACCAACAACAGGAGCAGCCAGCGGAGGAUACAUUAAACGUAUAACUAAUGAUGCCAGAGAAGAUGAAAUGGAAGAGAACCUGACUCAAGUGGGCAGUAUCCUGGGAAAUCUGAAAAAUAUGGCUCUGGACAUGGGCACUGAGAUUGAAGCUCAAAACAAACAAAUAGAACGGAUCACAGAAAAGGCUGACACCAACAAAGAUCGUAUUGACAUUGCCAAUGCCAGAGCAAAGAAACUCAUUGACAGCUAAAGCUACUGUUCUACUUCUUUAUCAUUUAUUCACUUCCCUAGCUCCUUCUCCAAAGUCAUUACCUUUUUCAGAGUUUGAAAUUUUGGUUCCAUACUCUUCUAAUCGGGAAAUAAUGUGGAAGAAGGGCCAGAGGAGUAACAGCUGCUUCCCCAACCCCCAUUUUGUAUUUUCUGUUGCUGUCGAGGGUAGACUGCUACUCAGCCUUCCUUCUGGUAUUUUCUUUCUCAGUUCAUAGUCUUAGAUUGAUUUUCAUACAUCAUAUAUAGUGUUUUCAUCUUAUUCUUUACUUCAGCAGUUUCUUUUGCUUUCAAAAUUUGGAAGCAUUGCCAAAGACAACCCUGAGAAAGGAAGCUGAAGAGCUGACUGGUUUAUUCCUUUGUUUUUGUGGUGGCAGAAGGGUGAGAGAGGAGCAAGAGAUAAUAGGUUAUUAUCUCAGUAAAAACCUACAGGCCACAAAACAAGAAGUUGCAUAGCCACAGUAAAGAUCUAGUUGGGUAUAAUUUUUAAUUUAAGUUGUAGUUAUUGCCAAUUUAGGCUAAUCCUUGAUUUGAAGCUUUUAUACACAAUAUUUUUGUUAUAUAUCACAAUUUUGCAACCUUUCCUCCGGAUAGAAUAGAAUGAGUUUUCUUAAAGUGAGCUUAAUUUUUGAACUCCUAGUGAUUCAUACAUGUACAUAGAUUCUGUGAUCCCAUCUCUUAUUGGUCUAUUCAGGAACACUUUGAAUAAACGAAUAGUUUUUUAUUUUCAUGUUAUUAGUAGUAUCAUGGUCCCAUUACAGGCCUAUUAACCUCAUAAAUAUGUCAUUAGCCUUUGAAGAAAAAUAUGUAAAUAUAUAUUUGUAACAUGAGAAUUUCUCUCUAAAGCAGGGCUUAAAAUUUUUGGAAAAGUUUGACAAAGUAUAUCACGUAAAUUCAGAUUUACCUCAGUGCCAAGAAUUAUGUUUAGAUAGGAAAAAGGAAACUUAUUUUGAUCUCAGGUAGAAAAAUAGAUUGCAUUGAGUUUUAUGUGGCUUUAGAUUUUUAAAAAAUUAGAAUUUAUCCUGUCUUACUAAAUGGAAUUUG